AGCCGUUUAGGCCCAAGGAAGUUCCCAAAUCGCGGUAGUAGCAGUAGAUCCCCUAGAAAUAGAUUGGCCGAGUGAUUGGCCGAUAUGACCAGUCUCGAUCAGAAACUGCCUGCUGGCUCUUUGGUUGAGAUCCUCUCACACCUGCCAGUGACCUCACAGCCACCCAUGAGGUCCACAUCUCAGGCCUUCAAAGGCAUCAUGACGUCGCCACUCUUCCGUCAGGUCAGGCCCAAAGAGGUCUUGGUGGUGAAGCCAAAGACUGCGAAGAAGAUGGUCAACGUCGCCAGCAAGUUGAUCAACGGCUUCAUGACACCGGAUUCGUUGCCGGUGGUGGACUCCAUCCGAUUGGAAUGGGAGAAGACCGAGGUAGGAGACAAGAAAUCCAUGUCCUUCAAGAACCCCUUCUACAAGUUUCUACAGCUACGGGUGGGUGGACAGCAAGCCAAUGCAGAGCCUUUUGAAGAAGAGCUUUACCUGAAUGGCUUGGAUCCCAAAGGAGCCGAGCCUGCCCUGCGCAAGGCUUGGUGGGCUUCAGUGCGCAGUGUUUUGGAUGGCUUGCCCAUCCCUGAGUCAGCAAGGAUCUUGUUACUUGGAGAUAGGCGCUUGGGUGGAAGAAAUGCAUACUCCUUGGUCUUGGCUUUGGUUUGGACUGGAAGCGAUUAUGGCGUCCUGAAAUGCAACCUUGACCCCGCCUAUUUGGACUGCAAUAUGCAUUGCAGCGGUGGCAUCAAGGAGAACACCGUGACCGCAGCCCUGGGCGUGUUGCUCAAAAGGGCCCACAAGAUUAACACCUUCAAAACUUUUGCCGCAGCCUUUGAGACAGCUCUGAACAAGAUGAUCGACGACCAUGCAUGGGGUGAUGAGUGGGUGUAUCCUCCAUUGGAUGGUGAACCGGAUGAAGACCCCGAUGUUUACUUCGACGAGGACACCAUGGACGGCUAUUUCAAGACCUUUGACCAACCAGAUUUGGGCUCAUGGUGCUUUGGGAGGUGAAUCACUCCCAGUUGUUUGGGAUCCUGUACCUAAAUGGGUUCCACUACCUGUUUGUUCUAAUCAUUUGGGUGGCAUUCCCUCGUGCCUGGGGGCAAGGGCGCCAGAGAUGCCGCUGCUGCAAGGUCAA